CGCACACACACAUACGAUAUGCAAACCUAAAAACAUACACACGGACUUGUGCACAUGCGCAUACACAUAAACGCAAACCCCAAAACACAGACAGCUGAAGACACACGUAGACUAUAAGUCCACACAUAUAGACACAGACAGCUACGCACACAGACCUGGCCAGCUACGUACACAUACACACACAUUUUGGCCUCAGUUUCAUCGCCAUCUUGAAGUCGAGGUUUUGCGACGAUUUCGAGGUGACUAAUCAUGUCAGAUGGGGUGCAGAUCUUGUCAUCUGUUCCUGAGUCUCUCUUGACAACAGCCACUGUUCAAGACAUUGGCCAAGGAGAACUGGUCACUUCCGGUACUCCCAUAGAAAUAAUCCACACUUCACCAGAGACGAUAGCAGCACUCUUGCCAAAGAAUGGACAAGCUGUCUGCCAAGAUGCAGAAACAUCGAUUGCUCAUAGUGGAGGUAAUCAAAAUGGUGCACCAACUUUACAGAGUUUACUUGCUACUCCUGUGACAAAUGGUCAACUACAAAUCAUUACAGUUACCUCCCCUGCUCAGGAACUCCUAAACUCAACCCAAUCUGAUGGUGGUGAGAAGGUCUGGCAGGUUGUGCCCAGCUCAGUAAACCCUGAAAUUGCUACAAUUAUUGCUGUAAAUACCAAUAACUUUGAAGUAAAAGCAGAACUUCCAGAUGUCGAUCAACUUGAAAGUAUUGAGAAUUCCGAUUCCAAUGAAGUUUCAGCAACAAUCAGUGAAUCUGAUUCUGGGAUGAUGUUAGUUUCCCCUCUUCCGCAACCAUCACCUCAAUCCAUUCAUUCUCUGCCGCCCAAUUGUCCCUCAUGGGCGGCACGACUUCAUAGUUGCCAGAUGAUUGGCAACUCAUUUCGAGGUUAUGUUGAGAGUGAGAUAGAAGUCGACCUGUUGCUAACUUACCACAAACAACAAACUCACAGUUACUGGGGGACUCGACAGUCUCCAAGUCCUGCAAAACCUUCAACUCGCCUUAUGUGGAAGUCUCAAUAUGUCCCAUUUGAUGGGAUCCCUUUUGUGAAUUCAGGAAGCCGGGCAAUUGUUAUGGAAUGUCAGUUUGGUCCUCGGAGAAAAGGAAACUUGAAGAAGAAACAAGCUGAACAGAAUAAUAAAAAACCUGAAUACACUCAAACCUGUCCUGCUCGGAUUUACAUCAAAAAAGUUAAAAAAUUCCCUGAAUUUACAGUUGAUUUAAUGCAAGAUAAAAGAUCAUUAAAAAUUUCAAUGGACAAACGAUUUCAAGAAUUAAAAUCUUCUUGCCUUGAAAACAUUGGUCAAGAAAGGUAUUAUGUACAACUGCCCACUGAAAAUGCGCAUGAGUUUCAUGCAGAGAAUGUAGAACCAGCCUCACCCAAAUACGAUACAGCUAUUGAUUUAGAGCUUGAAGCCAAAAACAAUGCAUUGUCCUCCCGGUUACAUCCAAGAGUUCAGGAUAAAAUUCGAGAAAUGGUGGCUGCUGGAGAAUCUCGUAUUUAUGUCAUUCGCAAACAGUUACGGAAUUUUGUAACCAAAGAAUUGUACCCAGGGAAUCCUGAUAACAGUCCUGAACGCCAUGAUCUCACACUCUUUCCUACUGUUAACGAUCUGAAGAAUCACAUCCAUCAAGCUCUCAAAGACAUCGGAACUGGGAAACUUCCUUAUACUUCUCCUGCUCAGCAUCUUAACUUGGAGAUAAUUGCCAGUAGUGAUAUGCAAAAUUCUCAGGAUGGUGACAAAAGCUGUGAUAUGACCCAGCUGGGCACAACAAGUGUCUGGAACACUGGUUCUAAUGGAACCAACAACAGUGAUAACCCUAAUGCUGUCCCAGAAACUGUGACAGUCACGUUUACACAGAACCCAGGAGAAGAUGGUCAACACGUAAUCUCUCGAAUCGAGACGCAUUUAAGUGAUGGCACAACACAAGUCUCUACAAGUUUAACACCUGAAACUGCUCAACUACUUUCGAAAAUACAUCCAAGUCUUAUUUCUGCUGGAAGUUUUAUCCAGUUACCAUCAAUUUCAUCUGAUGUGAUGAAUAACGAACCAUUAACUGUCACUUCUGCCAUUGACGAUGAGACGAACAUUUCACAUGAUCAGCAAUGUGAAGAACUUCAUUCAGAGAUUUCUGCUACAGCUCUGUCAUCAGAAUCUGUAACAACUUUACAAGUUGUGCCAGCAGACAGCUCCCAGUAUAUACAAACUGCUGAUGGCACGCACCAAAUCGUUGAGGCAACACAUUUAGUUGAUGGUACUCAGUUGGUUGAAACUGGAUCGUCACCAAUGACGAUUCAUGAAGCUCAUAUAAUCCAAGCAGAUGGCACGGCCAUUGUACAAACGGACAAUGUACAGUUGCUGCCGCCUGGAUUAACAGCUCAAAUAGUUAAUUCUGAUGGUACGGAACCAAACUCAAGACAGUUAAUUACAGUUGCGGUUAAUGGACAACCUGGUUCAUUGGUGCCACUUCACAGUGCCUCUUCAGUUGAGAAAGUUUAGGAAGUUUGACUGUUUCAUUGUUGCUACAGACUACAGUAAUUUUAAACUGUACCAGUUUCAGCAUGGUGAUGGUAGUGAUGGUGGAAGUAAUACAUUUGACGAUGUCAAAGGUCAUCAGUGUUAUGGAGAGAUGAGAGAGGGGUGGGGGUGGAGAGAGAAGUGUUGUUUACAUUGUUCUGUUAGAAUUUGUAUUAUUCUGAGAGUUGGAAGUUGUCCUGCUCAUGCCCCUCCCCCUGGUUUCUGCUAACUGCAGACUAUCAGUGACACACAGACACAAAUCCAUCAACAAACAAC